AUAUACGCAGUACACUUUUCAUGUGAUCGAACAAUUUUAUUAAAAAAAUCAAUGAAAUGAGUAAUACAAAAGAAAUAAUUACUUUACAGUUUGGAAAUUAUGCAAAUUUUGUGGGAACUCAUUUUUGGAAUGCUCAGGAACAUUCAUUCAAUUAUGAUCCAGAUGUUGAGGAACCGGCAGAAAUAAAUCAUGAUGUGCUGUUUAGAGAAGGCAAAUUCUUCAAAAAUAUUACCUUUACACCUCGAAUGCUAUUACUGGAUUGUAAAGGAUCACUUAAGUACAUCAAGGAAAGUGGAAAUUUAUAUUCAAAUAUUUCAUUAGAAAGGAACAACCCAGAAAAGAAUUUAUUGGAUCAAGUGAUUCAUACGAUUGACUGGGAUGAAGAGAAUAUAGAAGUAAUGGAAAGUGAAGAAAUUCCAAUGACAGAUUAUCAGAGAUCAUUGAUGGAAACUGAUGAUGAUGAUGAGAAGAUUUUUGACUUAAAAUCAUCAGUACAAAAUUGGCCAGACUUUAUGUACACGAGAUAUCAUCCAAGAUCAAUUAAUAUAAUUAAAGAUUAUGAAUAUCAUAAUGAUAUCUCAACAUUAGAUACAUUUUCAGCAGGUUUACAGUUAUGGAAUAAUCCAUUUUUUGAGGAUGAUUAUUGUGAUAAAAUCCGUAUGUAUAUUGAAGAAUGUGACCAAAGUCAAGGCUUCCAAACAAUAUUUGAUUCGAUUGACGGAUUUUCAGGAGUUGCCAUUAAAUGUAUGGAAUAUCUCGAAGAUGAAUAUUCAAAGUCAAUUCUUGCAUUUCCAUUAAUUCCAAAUAGAACUAAAACUUUCCAAUUUGCGGAUGAAGGAAUGAGUGAGACGAUUCGAUUAGUUAAUCUGGCAUUUAGCUAUGCAAAGCUUUCAGAACAUAGUAGCUUAUUUAUUCCAUUAAGUACAAUGGAACGUGGAUGGAGAAAUAUAGGAGAACCUCGAAAAUUUCCAAAUAUGUCCUAUGAAUCUGAUAAUCUAUAUCAUAGUUCUAGUAUAUUAUCGUCAUUUAUUGACACAAUGAGUCUUCAGUAUCGUCUUAGAGAGCAUUCAUCCCAAAACUAUUUAUCGAAUUUCUGUGCACAAAUGAAUACUUAUGGACGUAAAAUGUGUGGUGGAAAAACAUCACUUCCAUUUCCAAUGCAAGAAAAAGAAGAUCUCAUUGAAUUCUUAGAUAAAUUUGAUGGAGAUUUAAUGCAGUCAAUAUCACCAAAUGUUAAAAUUGGAACUGACAGAAUUGUUCAGCAUGUCACGUUAAGAGGACUUUCAAAAACGAGAUUAAAGAAGCCAUUAGAGAAAGCCAAAGAUCAAAUGAAGAUGGCUGCAUAUAAAUGCACUUCAAUUAGUGAAAUGCUUCAGCUUUACUUCCAAUGCAAUACUUAUGCUAGCUUAUCACAUGUUGCCGCUGUUGGAUCUCCUCUGCAAGUUAAGUUACCAUUCCCAAAAGAAUUUUUCGACUCUCGAAUUGCCUCUAAUGGAUUUCUUAGAGAAUUUCAAAGUGAAGAGAAGGCAAAUGUCCGGGAAGUGCCUAUAAUGACUGCUGUCCAAAAUUCUAGUGAGCUUGCAAAUACUCUUGAAAACUUACAUACACAUGUUGAGCGAGUCAAACUUGCAAAAGUGCCGAGAUUUAGUGAUUCUGGUUUGGAAAAGGAAGAAUAUAAGGAACUGCUGGAACAAUUGCUAGUAUUUAAGGAACAAUAUGAUGAAAACUCAUUUUUGUAAAGAUUAUUAUUUUUGGAAAUAAAAUUUCUUUUAUUAUUGUA